CUUGCCUUUCCAAUGGCUCUGUCCGUCAGACUUGGCAGUUAUCUCAACAUGACUGGCUCUGCCCCUUGUGGCCAAGAUAACUUAACAGAGCCUGGCUUGCCACCCUCCCAUACUUAUUAUGCUCUUUGCUACUGCAUCCUGAUUUUGGCCAUUGUCUUUGGGAAUGUGCUGGUCUGCGUGGCGGUGCUGAGAGAACGCACUCUACAAACCACAACAAACUACCUGGUGGUAAGCCUGGCUGUGGCAGACUUGCUGGUGGCCACCUUGGUGAUGCCCUGGGUGGUAUACCUGGAGGUGACUGGAGGUGUGUGGACUUUCAACCGCAUUUGCUGCGACAUCUUUGUCACCAUGGAUGUGAUGAUGUGCACCGCCAGCAUUUUAAACCUCUGUGCAAUCAGCAUUGACAGGUACACUGCCGUGGUGAUGCCAGUCCAGUAUCAGCACAACACGGGGCACGGAGCCUGCAGGAGGGUUUCCAUUAUGAUCGUCAUUGUCUGGAUGCUGGCCUUUGCCGUCUCCUGCCCUCUCCUAUUUGGCUUCAAUACAACAGGUGAUCCCAGUGUCUGUUCCAUAUCUAACCCUGAUUUUGUCAUCUACUCCUCUGUGGUAUCCUUCUACCUUCCCUUCAUGGUGACCCUGCUGCUUUACAUCCGGAUUUAUCUUGUGUUGAGGCAGAGGCAGAGAAAGCGAAUUCUCACCAGGCAGGGCAGUCCUGGCAUCAGCUUCAAGCCUCGUUACAGGCAGCAAGAGCACAGAAAGAGGAAAGCUUUGCAUCACCAGUGCCCAGGGACCCUCUCACCUCAACCACCACUAAAAUCCCCUCAGCAUGGACUCUCCUCCAUAAAAAAGCUGUUGCCCCCCUUCAGCCUGCAGCGCUACUGCAGUUUCUGCCAUGAAGCUUCCUUCACCAGAACAGGGACCACUGAGGAGUUAGAGGAAGAGAGGAGAAGCAAGGGGCAGCAGGGCCUGGAGGUGCACAGACUUGACAACGGCAAAACCAUCUGCUCUUUGAAGCUCAUGCACCAGCAGCCCCGGAUGGUCCAGCUGAGGGAGAGGAAGGCCACGCAGAUGCUGGCUAUCGUCCUGGGGGCUUUCCUAGUCUGCUGGUUACCAUUUUUCUUGACUCAUAUUCUGAACACCCAUUGCCGGUCCUGUCAUGUGCCCCCAGAGCUGUACAGUGCCACCACAUGGCUGGGUUAUGUAAACAGCGCUCUCAACCCCAUCAUCUACACCACUUUCAAUAGUGAAUUCCGGAAAGCUUUCCUCAAGAUCUUGUGCUGCUGACAGCAGGGAAGAAAGGCAAGGGAUCGUUCUGAUGUAAACCCAGCUGGACAUGGCACUCAACAGUCUACUGAGAAAAAUUCUGGCCCGCAAAGAUAGAUCCUAUCAACCAUGAACGGAGAGAGAAACUGGGACCUUCUGUUGCAUAGCGUCCCACGCUCAUCAGCUAAAGAAGAACCUCCAUUAGCUGUAGCAGCAUCAGGUCUCUGGGAUGUAACCACUGAAGACUGACAUGGCCAUGCACACUUCAGGAGAUCAGGCUUUCUCUCCUAGGAAGCACAAGGCACCCACAUUAGCCAGAUCUGGGAGGCAACGGAGUGCCACAGAAGACACAUAAGCAUGCAUUUAGGUGGCUCCUAGACCAAAAUCUACUACAGUAUAUCAUCACUGAGAAUUCACCAGGACCUCUUGCCUUGCAGAAGACAACAGACACAUGCAUUGCUCAACAGAGAUGUCUUAGCCUUGGACUAUGCAUCUUAAGAUUUCACCCAGCCUUUAGGUGAUGGAUUGUCUUGCCAUCUCUCAGAGCUGGUGGGUUUGUACUAAAUCUUCUCAACAAGCUGUCAGGGAGUGUGUCCACUGGGCCAGUGAAAUUGCCCAAGGAGGCUGUGUGUGUGAGUUACGCAAAUAAUUCACAGAGAAAACAAUGUUCCCCUGUGGACUUUAUCAGGAGUGGCCCUCUAUGUUUUGGUUGGUUUUAGAUGGGAGGAGGGACCAUGAUGGGAAGCACAAUCCACCCCCAAAUAAAGGGGACGGAUGAGGCACUAAACCAGAAGAGAAGCCAAACUGCCAGCAGGUGUAAGUUAGCAUAGGUCCACAGAAGUGAGCAGAGCAACGUUCAUUCACGUGGGCUGAAGAGCCGGCCCAUGCAGAUUUCAAGCUCUAACUGGUCUGUUUGUCCUACCAUGGAGCUUGUUCCACUCUCUGUUGCUGAUACCUUCUUUUUUUUAAAAGAGACUAAUACUACUGUGCCAAAACUUAAGGCAGGUUAGAAUCGGUAAAAGCUCUACUGUGACAUCAGAUUAGUAGAGACUGCCCACAGGCAGUUUAGUAUGGAUUUGUUCUACGCAGGUAGAGGUGCUAAUCGUUCCCUUAAUGACAUCAGACUGUAUUAGCAUGUUAGAGCAGAGGUCACUCAAGAUGCCAUACAUACACAGCCACUUCUCUUCCUAAGGAUCAACCUGAGUUUGACAGCUAUGAAUCUACUGCAUAUGCUGCUGUUUUUUAAAGCCAUUAAAUAGGUGGGGUUUGCACUAUUCUGUGGAUGACAGCUGCAUGCAUCCAUCUUUUGCUAUGGGUGGCUUUCUUCUGUCUAGCUGUCAUCUGAAAACUGACAGCUAGGAACUGACAGAGGCACAGAUCCUACCUGUCGCCAACCCCUGUGAACCACUCUCAAUUCACGCCACUCUCCUUGUCAGCAAGAGCAAAUCUAUAGGGAAAGUUUGGCUUUCUUCCUGUGGCUGCAAUCAUUCUUCAAGUGCACACAACUCUGGCAGGGGCCUCUGUCAUGCCCCUCAUGUUAGAGAAAAGGCAGGACUCAGUCAUAAGGGUUAUGAAGGAGAUCUUGAUUGAGACUGCUGGAUGCUGACAGACCCUGGGCAUCUCUCUGACUUCCAAGCAGACAAAGCAUUUGCUACCUAUUGUCACCACACAGGAUCUCCCCAAGUCCUCCUGGCCUGAAGUAAGCAGUCACAGAACAGGCUGCUGACUAUGCUUCAGUCUCUUUACACUAUCUUCUGCCAAUGCUUUUAAGUAUAUUCAUAGCCAGUAGUACUUGGAUGAAACAGCUAAACUUGCCCUACUGCACAGCAUAAGCUGACCACACCAGUCCUGUGCUUCGCUGUCCUCAUCUCAAGAGACAACCAAGCUUUUUCUCCUUGCACAGGGAUCCCUAUCUGGGCUGAUCUUCACACAUUUCUCUGAGCUUUUCUCACCGUAUCCAGCCUGAUGCAUCAGGAGCUCCAGCAGAGGCUACUGCCUUGUUCCCAAGAAGAGACUCAGUUGUGUUGCUAACUGCACUUGUUUAUACACUUGUCAUCUGAAGGCACUAAUCUAUUUUUGCCUCAAACCCAUGAUGCAGCCCCUUUGGGAAGUGCUUCCUCUCUUCAACUGUAAAGGUUAAAACUCUUUAGCUUCUGGGACACAGCCAAGAGCUAUUGAUUUCCCUUUGGCUGCUAGCAGUUGGCAUCCUCGUAUUGUUUGCAUGGGGAGGUGUUCUAAAAAUCAUGCUGUAACUGCAUUGACCAAAUAAACCAUUGUCAAAACA